GCAGGUCUGCGUGAAAACCUGUCAAUAUGCAUGUAAUGACUUGACAAAAGUUAGUGCAACAUGUCAAGCAUGGUCGUUGUAAAAUGUCUACAGUCUUCUCUUUUAUAUUCUAGGCACACAAAUUCCUGCGCACUACGACGGAUAAGGAAUGUGACUUGCUGUUACAGGUCUCUCCAUGUGGACAGCUCACCAGAUAUUCCUUCAGUCACGAGCAGUUACGUCCAUGGGACAUCCUCCGUGCCCCUUCUUUCCCUUACAGUGGGUCAGAGUUUGCAGAGAGCCUCCGAGAAAUGGCCCGACCGAGAGGCUAUGGUUUUCUGCAAGUCUGGUGUUCGGAAAACCUUCAGUCAGUUUCAGCAAGAUGUUGACCAGGCUGCUUCAGGGCUCCUCGCCCUGGGCUUGAAGAGGGGUGACAGGCUGGGGGUCUGGGGGCCCAACAUCUAUGAAUGGAUUCUGUUCCAGUUUGCCACAGCUAAAGCUGGCAUCAUCAUGGUAUCAGUGAACCCUGCCUAUCAGGCGAAGGAACUGGAAUUCACACUGCGGAAGGUGCAGUGCAGCGCGCUUCUCUGUCCAACUGAGUUCAAGAGCCAGAUGUUCUGUGACAUGGUGCGGCAGAUCUGUCCAGAGGUGGACUCGGCAAGCCCAGGAUUCCUCAAGAGUGACAGGUUACCAGACCUGCGUACGGUGAUUGUGACCGACAGUCGUCAGCCAGGUAUGCUGCAUGUGGAUGACGUGAUGCAGGCGGGAGGCAGCGAACAUCACCAGCAGCUACAGGACCUCCAGAGCCAGCUGUCCUUCGAUGACCCCAUCAACAUCCAGUUCACAUCGGGCACAACGGGCAUGCCUAAAGGAGCUACUCUGACUCACCACAACAUUGUGAACAAUGCCUAUUUCCUAGGACUUCGAAUGGGCUUCACCUGGAGGCCCCAGGUGCGUGUGUGCGUGCCCGUGCCCAUGUACCACUGUUUCGGCUCGGUGCUGGGCGGCAUGUGCAUGGCCCUGCAUGGCGUCACACUGGUCUUCCCCUCUCCAGGGUACGACGGACAGGCCAACCUGCAGGCCAUUCAGAACGAGAGGUGCAAUUUCCUUUAUGGCACUCCGACCAUGUUCAUAGACAUACUAGGACAUCCAGACUUCCAUAAAUACGACUUGUCUUCUGCAGAAGCGGGAAUCAUGGCUGGAUCAACUUGCCCCCCAGAGAUUGUGAGGAAACUAGUUACAGACAUGAAUGUCAAGGAGAUGAUGAUUGCCUAUGGGACGACAGAGAACAGUCCGGUCACCUUCCUGGGCUUCCCUCAUGACAACGAGAAACGCAAGACAGAGACGGUGGGCUGCAUCAUGCAUCACACAGAGGCCAAGAUAGUGGACCCCUCUAAUGGGGAGCUGGUGCCGCUGGGCAGCACGGGGGAACUGCUGAUCAGAGGAUACUGCGUCAUGCUGGAGUACUGGGAGGACCUGGCCAAGACACAGGAGAGCAUCACGAAAGACCGCUGGUACAAGACUGGAGAUUUUGCCAGCCUGGACAGAUUUGGUUAUUGCCGCAUUGAGGGCCGCAUCAAAGACAUGAUCAUCCGAGGAGGGGAGAAUCUCUACCCUGCAGAGAUCGAGCAGUUUCUGCACACCCACCCCAAAGUCCUGGAGGCCCAGGUGGUUGGGGUGAAGGAUGCACGUCUGGGGGAGCAGGUGUGUGCCUGCAUCCGUCUGCGGGAGGGCCAGCAGUGCACUGCGGAGGACAUCAAAGCCUACUGCAAAGGACAGAUCGCCCACUUCAAGAUACCACAUUAUGUGGAGUUUGUCACAAGCUACCCACUAACAGCGUCUGGAAAGAUUCAGAAGAACAGACUAAGAGAUGCAAUGGAGAAGAAGCUGGGAUUGUGAUUUUCAGAGACAUCAUUUUCUUUUCCUCCAAGAGAGUCCCAGUGGAACCAAUGUUUUUGGGGGCUAUAUUCAGUUCAAGCUCGUUCUUGUCCCGCUGUGCCUGGCUGAGAAAAACUUACAUUGUGAACUCCAAGACAAACCAUGAACAUUCCCACAUCAUGAUCUGUACAUGUGAAGUGAAUGAAACCCAUUUGGCACAAAACAAUGCUUUAAAUACCUUCACUUUUAUUCGAACAUAUAUCGAACAACCGAUUCUAUAACAUGAUAGAUAUGAUUUUUUUUUUAAAGUGAUGUACAAUUCAUAAAAGAUCACUCGUCUUAAUUAUAAUAAUAACAUGCCAUAGAGAAUCUGAAAUAAAUUAAAGCCAAUAAUGCAGA